UGGUGACGGGGCUUUCAUUGGUGUGGCGUACAAAGGAAUGAAGAGGAAGGGAGGGGAGAGUGACCGUAGGAUUGGACACAAUAAGGAGUCCUGGUGUUUAGUCUGCUAUGAUAGUGGUUAUAACUUUUACCAUAAUGGAGUCAUCAGAUACAGCCGACCAGAUACCUUUCCUGUUUCUAAGAGAGUUGGGGUAUAUCUGGACUGGCCAGCUGGUACGUUGUCCUUCUAUAGUGUGUCCUCCUCUGGUACAGUGACACACUUCUACACAGAACACACCACAUUCACUGAACCCCUCUAUCCUGGGUUUAUAAUGUACACCUCCGACUACACCUCAUUGACCCUGUGUCCGAUAGAUGACAAAAACAUUCAGAGAGACCAUGGUGGAGAGAGUUGGACCAAGCCUGGACCUGAGAACACCAGAGACCAUGGUGGAGAGAGUUGUAUCAAGCCUGGACCUGAGAACACCAGAGACCAUGGUGGAGAGAGUUGGACCAAGUCUGGACCUGAGAACACCAGAGACCAUGGUGGAGAGAGUUGGAUCAAGUCUGGACCUGAGAACACCAGAGACCAUGGUGGAGAGAGUUGGAUCAAGCCUGGACCUGAGGACACCAGAGACCAUGGUGGAGAGAGUUGUAUCAAGCCUGGACCUGAGAACACCAGAGACCAUGGUGGAGAGAGUUGGAUCAAGCCUGGACCUGAGAACACCAGAGACCAUGGUGGAGAGAGUUGGAUCAAGUCUGGACCUGAGAACACCAGAGACCAUGGUGGAGAGAGUUGGAUCAAGCCUGGACCUGAGAACACCAGAGACCAUGGUGGAGAGAGUUGGAUCAAGUUUGGACCUGAGAAAUGGAUUCCUCAGAGCUGUAAGACUUGUGACCAUGUUGAGGACUCCACACACUGGCUUCAGAUUGAACCCUUGACUUCCACUGUCCAGGGAGUGACAAUGUUCAGGCACAGGACACCCAGAGGGAGUUAUGAGUGCACAGUGUCUGGGCUCCGCUGGCUGUGUGAGAGAGAUGUCAUUCUGAAGUAUCACUUCAGGAACUGGGAACCCUACAGUCAACUUCUGAAAGACAUGCAGUACACACAAGGUGGUCCAUUGCUGGACAUCACUAUGGAGUUAGGUGAACUGGAGGAAGUUCAUCUGCCACACUUUGUCUGUUUAGGGACCAACCCUUCCCUGAGGAAUGAGAUGAAGAUUCUUCAUGUAGAGGAACAUGGAGUGUCUUUUGAGGAAGUGCAUGAGGUCACCAGAUUCCAUGUUAAGAUUCUUCAUCCCAAAUUCUCACCCAUCUCUGUUAUACUGAGGUUACUGUCUUGGAACAUAGAUGUCCACUGUGACGUGAUCCUCUAUUUGGCAGUAAAAAGGUCAACAGUCAUUUCAAGGCUAUACCUGCUCCUCAGAAACUCCAGUCAGAAAGAGGCUGUUCAGGAACGGGAGAAAAACCAGGUGUCCAAAGGAUUUUCAGAAUUCGUCCUGUCAAGUCCAAACGGGUCCUUAAAGCUGAACAGUUGGUUUGCGUUCAAGAAUCCCCGCUCCACUUCCAUCAAUCCAGAGAAGAUUCAGCUGUUACCUGCAGACACCACACCAAGCUGUUGUCAGAUGAUUAUGGGAAACACAGGGGUGGAUAUUGAGAUGGAGUUAAUCGGGGAUGAUGAGAGGACAGUAUGGAAAUCAGUGGUAUCAAAAGAUGUGUACAGCAACGACUCUCAUCCAACAUCAUUAAUACUCCUUGGGAUUCCUGCUGAGGAGUUUCUUCAGAAACACAGGGCUGAACUCAUUCAGGGAGUCAAAAACACAAAGCCAAUAGCAGAUGUUCUGCGGUCAAAGUACAUGAUUGGUGAUGAAGAGUACUCCAGAAUAAAAGCCGAAACAACUGAACAGGAGCGAAUGAGAAAACUACUGAACGCAGUCCUCCUAAAGGACCAGAAGUGAUGGGAGCUUGUCUCAAAGCUCUCAGUGAACAUGAACACCAUCUUGUUAAGUUCUUGAGUGAAUCGAGCACCUAAUCUGAAGAUGCUGAGGCCUGUCUCCUAGUCUUUUGACAAAGACACUUCUUCACCUAAUCUGAAGAUGCUGAGGCCUGUCUUUUAGUCUGUGGACAAAGACACUUACAAAGACCCCCCCCCCCCCCCUGAAAUGGAUAAACAUUAAUGGUAACAUAUUGGCACUGUACGAAACAUAUGCACGGUGUCCAAUACCACUCAAAUAUAUGCCAUUUCAUUCAAAGCUUAUGGCAAAUGUCAUAGGGCAAAUGCCAAGUGUCAUACAGCAAAAAUCCAAACGAUGGCGAGCGCGCUCCACCAUAGAUUUUCAUAUUGCAAAUGCACAUCAAGUCAUGACCCAAGAGUCACAUUUUGAAAAUUUGAAUUUUUUUUCUAAAACUUAUCAACCCCCUAAAAAAGAGCUUUCUGGACUGUUUUUCGAAUAUCUUUAGAUUUUGUUUUGUCAAUUAUACAUGUAUAAGAACAGUAUGAACAUACUCUUGUCAUAUUUCAUUGUCAUAAUUAAAAGUAUAUAUUUUUUUACUU